CUGGCCACUCAGGAAGGAACAGUCCAUCUCUACAGAAACAUUUGUCUUUUAUUUAUUUCUGCAUUAUUUUGAUUGCUUAUUAUGGUACUUCUCCUGCUGCAACAAGGUCGACAGGUUUUGAGAUCAUCGACUGCUCGCGUUCUCGUCUCGCUGGCUCACAAGCCUGUUUACCAAACGUCUUGUCGAAACAACUCUCAAGAAAGCACAGCUAAACCUAAAACUGGAAUACUUCUUCUGAACCUUGGAGGUCCUGAAAGCCUUGAUAAAGUCCAUGACUUUUUGCUUAGGCUAUUUCUAGACAAAGACUUGAUUCCACUCCCUGCUCAGAGUCAACUUGCACCAUGGAUUGCAAAAAGGAGAACUCCUAAGAUUCAAGAACAGUACAGUAAAAUAGGAGGAGGUUCACCUAUCAAGAUGUGGACAGAGAAACAGGGAGAGGGGAUGGUGAAACURUUGGAUAAAAUGUCCCCAGAGACUGCACCUCAUAAAUUCUAUGUUGGUUUCCGUUAUGCCGAGCCAUUGACUGAAGAUGCAAUAGAAUCUAUGGAAAAGGAUGGCAUAGAGCGUGCUGUUGCUUUUACACAAUAUCCUCAGUACUCAUGCUCAACCACAGGUAGUAGUAUUAAUGCUAUUUACAGGCAUUACAAUAAGAGAAAGGCUGAUUCCAAAAUGGUAUGGAGUACCAUYGAUAGGUGGCCAACCCAUCCUGGUCUUGUAAAGGCAUUUACUGAAAACAUCAAAGCAGAAUUACAACUUUUCCCUGAAGAAGUGCGCAAAGAUGUUGUCAUUCUUUUUUCAGCCCACUCAUUGCCAAUGUCGGUUGUUAACAGAGGUGAUCCAUACCCUCAAGAGGUUGCUGCCACUGUGCAGCGUGUAAUGGAACAGCUGGAUUUCUCUCAUUCUUACCGUCUGGUGUGGCAAUCCAAGGUUGGCCCUUUACCUUGGCUGGGACCUCAGACUGAAGAUUCUAUCAAAGGUUUGGCUAAGAAUGGCAAGAAGAACAUGCUACUUGUACCGAUAGCUUUUACAUCAGAUCACAUUGAAACCCUCCAUGAAUUAGAUAUUGAAUAUGCAGAGGAAGUUGCAAAAGAGGCUGGGGUUGAGAAUAUAAGAAGAGCAGCAUCAUUAAAUGAUAACCCAAUUUUCAUUCAGUCAAUGGCAGAUAUAGUUUGUAGUCACUUAAAGUCUAAURAACCCUGCUCUCGACAGAUGCCUYUACGCUGUCCCUUAUGUGUAAAUGCUGUCUGUGGACCUGCAAAGGAAUUCUUUGCCAAACAAAAUAUUUCUUAAAAUGGAAUUAUUAUAGAUGAAAAGUUAAAUAAUUUUCACUAGUAUUAUUUUUUCAAUGAAAUUUUGCUAACUUGUGAUCUCGGGYAAUGUGAAGAUUUAUUGCCCAAAAAUAAAUAUUAACUAUCUCACAACUGCUUCCAACACAUCUGACAUUCCACAUCUUUGAGUGGAAACUGAAUAUACAUCAUGUGUCACUUAUUUGAAUUAUUAUUUUACUAAUUAUUUUAAAAAUUCUAAAAUUAGGUGGAAAACCUUUUCAAGAUCAGUUUGGUAAAAACAUUAACAAUAAUUUAACAAUGUAAAAGAAGUAAAAAUAAA